UGGUUCCAAGGGUGGCAUACGUAUCGACCCGAAGAAGUAUACUGCACAAGAAUUGCAAACAAUUACGCGUCGCUAUACAAUGGAGCUAUUACGUCGCAAUAUGAUAGGUCCGGGUAUAGAUGUACCGGCACCAUAUGUGAAUACCAGCCAACGCGAGAUGAGUUGGUUGGUGGAUCAAUAUAUUAAAACUUUUGGUAAUUUUUUUUAUGAAAUAUUAGAAAACGUCUUGAUAGACAAAUAAAUUGUUCUUCUAGGCUAUAACGAUGUAGAUGCAUUGGCCAUCACGACUGGUAAGCCAGUAGAAAUAGGCGGUAUAAAUGGUCGCACCGCCGCCACGGGACGUGGUCUAUUUAAGGCGGCUGAAUGUUUUAUUAUGGAUAAAGAUUAGAUGGAUUUAUUAGGCUGGAAGACUGGUUGGAAAGAUAAAACCGUGAUCGUACAAGGGUUUGGCAAUGUCGGUUGCCAUGCAUCCGUUUUUGUAGUGGAAGCCGGUGCCAAACUGAUCGGUGUUCAAGAAUUUGACGUGUCUCUAGUAAAUGAGAAUGGCAUUGAUCCAAAGGACUUAAUGGAGUAUUAUGCAAAAAAUAAUAAAUCAAUCAAGGGCUAUACCAAAGCCACCGAAAAAGAGGGCAGUUUGUUGGGUGAAAAAUGCGAUAUACUAAUGCCUUGCUCUACGCAAAAGGUUCUCACUGUCGAAAAUGCUAACAGUGUACAAGCCAAGAUGAUUUUAGAAGGCGCUAAUGGUCCUUCGACGCCAGCUGCCGAUGAAAUAUUACGUAAAAAGAAUGUACUCAUUAUACCGGAUUUGUUUUGCAAUGCUGGCGGUGUAACGGUAUCCUACUUUGAGUACUUA